AUGAGUGCUUCUCCGAUCAAAUAUGAGUCAAAAAUUUUAAGUAAUUUAGCUAAUAUGCUAAAAUUAAGCGAAAAAUCAGAUAAAGAAAUAUUAAGUGAGAUUAAAGAAGAUAAUUCAUCGAUUAAAUUUGAAAUCGAUGAAGAUAUAAAAAAAGUUCUUGAUAUGGAUAAAAUUAAUUGCACAUGUGAAGAGUCAAAAAAAAGAAUUGAAGGAUACACAGGGAAGAAAUUUGAAUACUAUUAUAAUGUUGAAACUUAUGGAGUAGAUUUCUUUUUAGAUAUAUGUAGUGCUUUAUGUAGAUCAAAUUAUAAACCUUUUUUAACUGAAGAAGGAAAAAAUGAAAUAAUGAAUGGAUUAAAAAUUAGAAGAAAUUCAAAUUUAUAUAAAUACGUUUCUUUUUUUUUAAGUAAGGAAAGAUUAAAUAGAGAUAGGUUAAAUGAUGGAAAAACACCUGAAAAUAUAUUUCAUUGUUUUAAAUGUUUAAAAAGUGUUUUACAUAUUUAUGUAGAUGAUCGAGAAAAUUCGAACAAAAAAAUGUAUUUAAAAGAUAAAUAUAUAACUGAAGAAAUAGAAGAUAAAAUAGAAAAUGAGAUUUUAAGAGAAAAAGGAAAUUUUCAAAAAAAAGAAGACAUUAGAGAAGGAAUAAUAUCAGUCGGUAAAUAUAAAUCAGAAUUAACUUCUUUAAGUAGAAGAUCGAAUGAAAAAAUUAUGAAAGACAUUUUUGAACAUACAAAAAAUAUGAAAAUGCGAAAAGAGUAUUCAUUAAACAAAGAUAAUAUAAAAAAAAGUAACACAUUUGAAAAUGUUAAUAAUUAUAAAAAAGACGAUUUUUAUGAUAGAAGUCAAUUAAUAAAAAAUAAUGAUAGUAUUCUAAGUUUUUCAAAUGAAAAAAUUGAUAAAAGAUAUCAAAGUGUAAACAAAAAUAAAAAAUUAGAUUCUCAAAAUAAAGUAUUAAAAAGAAAUUCUUACAAAAAAAAUAAUAAUGCAUCUGCAUAUUUUUAUGACCAAAAAAAAGAGGAGAAACAAGUUACACCAAAAAAUAAAAAAAAUAAAAAUGAUAUAAAUUUAUUUUUAAAUAAAAAUGAAAAUAAUAAAAUGUGCAAAAAUAAUUCAAUUUAUUUAGAAAAUAGUACUGAUAAAAAUGUAAGAAGUAAAAUGCUAAUUAAAAAAGGAAACAUUAAUAAAACGGUAAAAAAAAAAAUAGAAAAAGGAAAUAGAUAUAAGAACAGAACCUCUUAUGAAUUGAAAAAUAAUAAUAAUUCACAACAAAAAGAAAAAAGUAAAAUGCAUAAUGAAACAGUAAAUAGUAUUGUAGUAUCUAAUGAGGUACAAAAAAAUAAAGAAACAGAUUUUGAAAAUUAUAAUAAUUCAGUUGAAAUAAAAAAUGAUAAUAGUUCAAAUGAAAUGGAUUAUCAUAAAAAUAUAGAUGAGAUAAAAUUUAACAGUACAACGGAUGAUAUAAAUAAAAAUGAAAUAAUAGCAGAUACAUUGGAAAAUAAAGAAAUAUUAUUUGAUGAAAUAAAAAAAAAUAGCAUAAAAAAAGAGAUAAAAAUUAAUAAUAAUACAUAUGAAAUAGAAAACGAAAAGUCAAUAUCAGAAAGUUAUUCUAAUGAAGAAGAAUAUUAUUAUAAUGAAAGUGAUGGUGCAUCUUAUUCUACAGAUGAUUCUAGUUACAUAAAAUAUUUAAAAAAAAAAAAGAAAUUACAAGAACAAGGAAAAAUUGUUAUUGAUUUAGAUUUAUUACAUGGAAACUCUAUAAUAUCUGCUAAUAAACAAAAUAAAGAGGAAAAAUUACAGGAUAAAUUACGAAUAGGAGAACUAAAAAAAAUAUUAGAGGAAAAAAAAAUGGUUUUUUGUAAAAUAGAAGAUAUCGCAAAAAAGAGAAACAAAAGAUAUGUAAAAACACAAGUAUUAUCAGAAGAUUCAAAAAUAGAAAGAGUAUAUUUUAGUCAUAAAAUGAAAAAAUUCUACAAUUCUAAGUCAGGAUAUUUUGGUUGUGGUUGGUCAAACAAUAAGAUGGAAUGGACUCCUUUUAUUCAUGCACCUUUUUUUGAUAAUCAACACAAUGCAAUAUAUAAAAAUAGAAAUAAAAAAUUAUAUGAAGAAAUUUACGAUACUUUAUUACAUGGUAGAAUUCAUCCAGAUAUAAGAAUAGUGGAGUUAAAAGAUCAUAAACAUCCAGUAAGAUUAUGCACCCCACACAAUGAAGACUGUUAUUCCAUAGUUUAUAUAGGAAAGAAAAUAAACGCAACUGAUGAUAGAAUUAUAUUUGGUGAAUAUACUGGUUUUGUUGCUAAUAAUAGAGAAUUGUCACAAGAGAAGCAUCAAUAUAUGUUUGCUCUAACUUUCAGCAAAAAAGUAUUUAAUGAUAAAAAAAAUGUCGUUUUUAUUAAUGAAAUAGAAUCAGAUGAAGAAGAAAAUGAUAACAGUACAGAAAGCUAUAUAAAUAGCAAUACAAUUAAUAAUGAAAUUAGUGAAAAAUUAACUAACAGAAUGAACAAAAAUGUAAAGGGUAAAACCUUUUGUAAUUUAAAUAAUUCUCAAAAUGAAAACUCUACAAAUAGUAUUCAUAAAGUAAAAAGGCCAAAAGUAGGAGAUCUUAAAAAAUCAAAAAAUUUAAACAAUUUAAUUAUAUUACCAGAUAAUUAUACAUAUGCUGUUGAUUCUUCAUAUAUGUUCAAUGAAAUGUCAUUAGUAAAUCAUUAUAAGACUUGCAGUAUAUUCAAUAAUUAUGAUUUUAGAAUAAAUGCUGAAUGGCAAUUGGUUUACCUUGAUGGAUGGCCUCAUAUUAUUUUAACAUCAAUUCCAGGUAUAGAAAUUUAUCCAGGAGAAGAAAUAUUUGCUGAUUUUGGUUUUGAAUGGUUUGAAAGGAUUAAUGAUACAUGUUUAAAUGAAUUUAUCAAAAAUAAUUUUGAGCAUAGAUUAAAUAAAUUAAACUUAAGUAAAGAUAAAUUAUUUAAUGGGCUAGAUGAUAUUGUAGAAAAAUAUAAUUUAUUAAAAAAUAAUACCACAUGUAAUAUAUGUAUGCAUAAUGUUAAUAUAGAUGGAAACAAUUUUAUUACGUGUUCAGGUUGUAAUAAUAUUUAUCAUUUAAAAUGUGUUCAUAAAUUAAACGAAGAAGUUAAUGAAAAUUAUGAUUGGUUUUGUUCUAGUUGUAUUCAAUUUUCUCUGAAUUUAAUUAAUCAAAAAGAAUUUUUAAAUUAUAUUGAAAAAAAAAAUCAAAAAAAGUUCAUAAACUUCUUUAGUGAUGUUCACAUAGAUAAUCUAAAGAAAUAUAAUAAAUCAUUAUAUAAUAACACACUUGAUAAAACUAUAUGUGUUGAAUUUCAAAAUAGCGAUACUUAUAACGAACUUGAGGGGUAUGAAAAGGCAAAUAAAUUAUUGAAGAGUAAUGAUAAUAUAAACGAUAUAGAAAAGAAUAGAGAAAUUGUAGAAGAUUUAUUAGAAAAAAAAGAAAUUGAAAAUAAUUUAUUAGAAAUUAAAGAAAAUGAAGAAAAUAAUUUAUUAUUAAAUGAUUUUGAACUUCAAUUACUAGUUUAUUAUAAAAAAAAAAUUGAUGAAUUAUUGAUAAUUAGAGAAAAAAUUGAUUUCUUUUUAAAGAAUGACAAUUAUAAAAAUACCUUGAAAAGGAGAAAAGGAACACUAAGUUUUUUAACACAAAGCAAAAAGUGCAUUGAAGAUUUUCUAAGAAUAAAUGAAAAUAUUAAUAAUUUACAAAAAAAAAUGAAAGAUUCUAAUUUUACAAAAAACGAGAAUGAACAAAAAUUACAAAAAAAGAAAAGUAAUGAUAAUUUAGUAAGUAACGAAAACUAUAAAUCACCAAAAGAAGAAAAAGAAGAAAAAGAAGGAAAAGAAGAAAAUACCCUCAAAAAAGAAGAAUUACCUUUUGAGAAGCCUAGUAAUGACACUAGUGAAAUAGAUUCUAAUUUUUCGAAUACAUAUGAAAAAAUAUUAUACAAAAAAUCAAAUAACAUCGUUAAAAAUUUAAAAGAAAUGAGAAAAAAAGAUAAAAAUAACAAAGGUACCUGUUGCAAUUAUAUGAUGAAGCUAAGUAAAAAAUAUAUAGGAUUUCCAUUAAUAAAAGAUUUUGAAAAAGGAAUAAACACCAAGCAACCAUCUCUACCUUUAAAUGAUUAUCUAAAAAAACUGUCAGUCUGUUCUAGUUGCUAUAAUAAACAUCAUGAUUUAGCAAAAGCAAUUAUAUGCCGAAUAACAAAAAUGCAUUUUCAUUCUAACUAUAAUGAUUGCUUAACUGAUGAAGAUCUAUUUAAAUCAUCAAGUGAGUGUAUCCAAUCAGUUAUAAGAGAGCUAGCAAAUACUAUAAAAGAAUACAGGAAAAAGGAAUUAGAUGGUGCAUAUUUAAACAUAAUAAAAAAUAAUAAUUCUCUAAUUGAAAAUGACAAUAUGAAUUUAGAAGUAAAUUUUAGUAAUGUUACACACAAAAUAAAUAACAAUAACUUCGGUAAAAUAAAAAAGGAUGAUAAUUUUUUUUAUGAAAAAAGAGAAUCAUUAAGCAAAGAAAAUCAUAAUACAAAUGACAAAGAUUUUAAAAAACAUCUAGAUUCAUCAAAUACAGGAAAAAAUGAAAAUAUUGAUAAUUAUGAUGACGGGAAAAAAGAAAAACAUACAUUACAUAAUGAUUUAAGUGAAACAGUUAAUAAUAAAGAGAGUUAUAAGAUAAACAACUUUAAUAAAUUUAAAGAGGACAGUAAUACUGAAUUAAAUAGAAGUAAGAAUGAAGAAUAUUUGAAAAAUGAAAAGAAUGGUUUAUAUGAAAAUAAAAAAUAUUUUCAAAAUGACAUAAAUAAUUCUAGCACAAAAAAUAAUAAUGAUCAAAAUAAAAUCCCAGAAAAUGAAGAUUUAAAAAAUGAAACAUUAAAAAAUGAAAAAUUUUCUAAUAUAAAUUUAAAUAAUACAAAAGAAAUAUUAGAUAAAGAAAUAAAUCAUUUUAAUUCUAUUGUAAAUAAUAAUAAAGUAAGUAAUUUUAUUCCCCUUUUUGGUAUAGAAUUAGGAAAAACUAAAUUUCAAAGAGAAUUUACAAAUGGAACUUUUGUUGGCACUGUUACUAAGCAUAUAAAAGAUGAAGAUAAUAAUAAUUUUUUUGUUAUAACUUAUGAAGAUGGCGACGUUGAAUGGAUAACUCCUUGUUUUUUAUUUCAAGAACUUUUAAAACAGUCAACAAACAAUAUUGAAUAUCCUUUAGCUAGUAGUUUUAAGGAUUUAUUUUAUCAAGAUUUUAAAAAAGAUAUAAAACUUAAUAACUGUUCCCUUGAAUUAAAAAUUGAAAAAAAGAAAAGAAAAAGUAAUUGUGAAUAUAAUAGUAACAACAAUAGUGUUACUAAAAGACAAAAACAAACCUAUGAAGAAAAUUCAUCACGUAAUAAAAAAAGCAUAGAAUACGAUUUUAACGUAACUAAAAGAAACGUUAAUAAAUUAAAAAAUUCAGAGGCAAAUGAUUCAGUCAGGAAAAAAAGAAAAUAG